AUUUGAAUCGAGAGGGGUCUGGAAUUUUGUUGGGUGAAACCGUCACGCUUUAUUCUACGCGACGCAUCAAGAACUUUCCUUUCCUAUUCUCAUCAAUAUAUACACACUACCCUUUCCACUAAGCAAUCCCAAACUCCCGAAACCCGCAACCCAAGUUUUCUUGAACAAUGUGGUCGCAGCCUUACCGGAAAGAUGACGUGGAAGGCGGCGAGCUGUACCCGAUGAUGCAGGAGAGCCCCGCGCUGCGGUGGGCGUUUAUUCGGAAGAUAUACGUCAUAAUCAGUAUUCAGUUGCUUCUCACCAUCGCCGUCGCUGCUAUCGUCGUCACCGUUCAUCCCAUUUCGCUUUUCUUUGCAACCACUGGCGCCGGUUUGGCGCUUUACAUUCUCCUCAUCAUCAUCCCUUUCAUCGUGCUGUGGCCGUUGUAUUACUAUUAUCAGAGGCACCCUGUGAAUUACUUCCUUCUCGCCAUUUUCACACUGUCGCUUGCCUUUGUAGUGGGCUUGUCUUGUUCUUACACCAAUGGGAAAGUGAUUCUUGAAUCUGUCAUCUUAACUGCUGCGGUGGUAGUGAGCCUCACUCUAUACACAUUCUGGGCUGCAAAGAGGGGUCAUGAUUUCAAUUUCCUCGGACCUUUCCUGUUUGGUGCCGUUCUUGUGCUUAUGCUGUUUGCCCUCAUUCAGAUUCUGUUCCCUCUUGGUAGGAUCAGUGUGAUGAUCUAUGGAUGCCUGGCAUCAAUAAUCUUCUGCGGUUACAUUGUAUACGACACGGAUAACCUGAUCAAGCGCUACAGCUACGACGAGUUCAUUUGGGCUGCUGUUGCUCUCUAUUUGGAUGUCAUCAAUCUCUUCUUAUCUCUGUUGACGGUAUUCAGAGCUGCGGAUAGUUAGAAUAUUGUUGAGAUAAGUGUAAAAUUACCUUUGUGAAUGUAGAUCAAGCAUGCUACUGAUUGAAGCAAGUUCCAUCUUGACUUGUGUAAAUGAUUGCAGAUGAUCAUGUAGUUUAAUAUCAAUAUUUGGGUUGUUACA